AUGAACAGUGAACAAAUAAUCAAAUCAAUGCCAGAGAAAAUCUUCCACCAACAUUCAUCCAAUGAAGGACUCUGUGGAUUUAGAAGAUCUUUGUCUCAUCUUUUUAGCCACUCUGACAAUGACAUUCUUAAGCCUGGCCCAGACCACCUACGAGCACUUAAAGCAACUGCAUUUUUGCAUCCAUUGAGAUCUGGAGGGGCUGAAUAA